AUGUCCGACAACCACCGCCUUGAUGGAAAGGUUGCCCUUGUCACCGGCGCCGGCCGUGGAAUCGGGGCUGCCAUCGCAGUAGCUCUCGGUCAACGCGGCGCCAAAGUUGUCGUCAACUAUGCCAACUCGCACGAGGCCGCCGAGAAGGUUGUCGACGAGAUCAAAGCAAGCGGCAGUGAUGCGAUUGCACUCAAGGCCGACGUUGGCGACCCGGAAGCUGUGGCAAAAUUGAUGGACAAGACUGUAGAGCAUUUUGGGUAUCUUGAUAUUGUCUCCUCGAAUGCUGGGAUUGUCUCGUUUGGACAUCUCAAGGAUGUCACACCGGACGAAUUUGAUCGGGUCUUCCGCGUCAACACCCGCGGCCAGUUCUUUGUUGCGCGUGAAGCCUAUCGCCAUCUACGUGAAGGAGGCCGCAUCAUCCUGACCAGCUCCAACACUGCAUCGGUGAAAGGGGUACCCAAGCACGCCAUCUACUCCGGAUCUAAGGGCGCCAUUGAUACAUUCGUCCGCUGCCUGGCGAUCGACUGCGGCGACAAGAAAAUCACCGUGAAUGCCGUUGCACCUGGCGCUAUCAAGACGGACAUGUUUCUCGCUGUGUCCCGGGAGUACAUUCCGAACGGCGAGAGCUUUACCGAUGAGCAGGUCGAUGAGUGUGCUGCGUGGUUGUCCCCGUUGAACAGAGUCGGUCUGCCGGUCGAUGUAGCUCGUGUGGUCAGCUUCCUGGCAUCGGACGCAGCAGAAUGGGUCAGUGGGAAGAUUAUCGGUGUUGAUGGAGGGGCAUUUCGAUAG